CCAGUUCGUACAUAGUAUGUGGAGCGGCGUCUCCAGGCCCGCGAGCUGUGCGCUCCAAGAUAGGGAUCAAUUGUUCGCACGGAAAGAGUGAAGGGUGAGUUAUUGGUGUCGCUCGAAUGGUAGGUGUGGUAAUCUGAGAGUAGAUUCGUGACCGAGGUUCCCUGUCCCGCCGAUGGGCUGGUCGAAGGAAGCAAGAGAUAUUCGUAGAUCAAGAGUCUAAUCUCAAGUGGGAGGCGUAGUAGUGGUGAAGCCAGGACGUUGGGCUCCGCCAUGUUGCUUGAAGUGCCAAGGACACCAAUUGAUGGAUGGUUUCGACGAAGGAAUUCAGGAGCAAUUAACUCGUCGAGAGGCUAAAACACCAGAGGACACGUUCAGGCGCACACCAACUCCCACGCCUCGCCGUCCAGCUGAGCCCUCAACUCCGCUCUCUAUUGCUCAACUCCUCCCUCUAUCGCUCAGCUCAGCACCUGAGGCUUCAGCCCGCCCAAAACGUGUCGCCAAUCACUCUUGCUCUCAACCGAAGAAAAGCAAAGCCGUCCUGAAGGCCCAAGAAAUUUCCCCGCACGAAAUCAAGUCGACAAAGAGAAGUGCGCGCCAUCGCGCCUUUAAAUCAUCCACUCCUACCAUACUGGCCAGGGAUGUUCUGGCUGAGGCCAUCAUGGUGCUGAUAAGCUCAUCAACUGUUUAGGACGUCGCUGCACCAUGCAUGCCGUGUCGCGCUAGGCCUGGAAUAGUUUAGAGGUGAUGCAUCGCAGUCUGGCGUGCAGUAGCCCGUCUUUCGGUGGAUCUGCCGC